AUGCCCGGAGGCAUGCCCUGGUCUGCUUACUUGAAAAUGCUCACCUCCAGUCUCCUGGCCAUGUGCUCCGAGGCCCAGGUGGCGCACUGGUACUGCCGGCCUGACCUGACAAUUCCUGAAAUUCCACCAAAGCCUGGAGAACUCAAAACGAAGCUUUUGGGACUGAAAGAGAAACUCCACAAACCUCAGGUUUCACAGAAGUAG